AGAACUGGAGGAGGCUGGGAAACAAACAGGGAGUGUUGUGUGGACUAGAGGCCGCAGUGUUCGUAUUAUCCGCCUCGAUAUCACAAAAACGAUCGGAUAAACGGCGCGUUUAGUGGAUCGCGCCGCAUAACUAGCGUGCAGGGGAACAGAAGACGAUAUUUCCCGCCAAUCUUUACCACAGAUUUACCACAUCAAUCAAAUACAGCAUGCGGCAUUUUACGCGCUGAUCUUGCAUCUGAAAUGAACACAGACGCGUCUUGAGAGACACUGACAUAUCUGUGCUAUCGCUCCCGGUGAUUUUUGACUGGAUUCGUGAAGACGACUGACAUUAAAAGCGUUAGUACUUCAUUCAUUCACAUAUCGCACGGAUACCGAAGAUUGUGUCUGUCUAUCAUUUGGGGUUUAUUUUAGUGACAAUAAAGGACUCGUCCAGUUACAAGUGAUUCAACAUCACAGAGCAGUGCCAUGCACCCCCUGUCCAAACAGCUGAUGCCCACAUAGAGGUCUCUGAUCAGACACCCUCUGGCUACAGAGGAUGCUGGGAAUGUGUCGUGGGCGCAGGAAGUUUGUGGCUGCCUCCCUCGCCCUGAUCUUUAUCCCAGCCCUCACCUGGCUCUAUCUGUCAUCUGCAAAUUUCACAGUCAAACCUCUGCCUCUGUCGCCGCUGGAUCCUCAGUCAUCUGUGCUGAUCGGAGCGGCUGCUGAGCAUCAGGAUUUGGAGCUGCGACUACGAGAUGUGGAGGAACGUAACCAUGCGCUGCGGAGAGAGAUUAGCCUGCCGCCCAGGGUUCCAACCCAUAGCAGCCAUCAUAGGAACAGUCGCCAAGGCAACCAUUUACACACCCAUUCCACAGAAGAGGGUACAGGUGAUAGCGAGGCUAAAAAAGGAGCAGCCUCGGGCAACAGUUCGGACUGUGUGCCUCAGCCUGUGGUGAACAAAUGUGAGACCAUUCAUAUUGCCAUUGUGUGUGCGGGAUACAAUGCGAGCAGAGAUGUUGUCACACUGGUCAAGUCAGUUCUGUUUCACAGGCGUAACCCACUCCACUUCCAUUUCAUCACGGACUCCAUUGCUCGGAAGAUCCUGGCCGAUCUCUUUCACACCUGGAUGGUGCCGGCUGUUCACGUCAACUUUUAUGAUGCUGAUGAGCUGAAGUCUGAGGUGUCUUGGAUCCCUAACAAGCAUUAUUCUGGCAUCUACGGCCUGAUGAAACUGGUGCUGACCAAGACGCUGCCCUCUGACCUACAGAAGGUCAUUGUCUUGGAUACUGACAUCACCUUUGCCACAGACAUCGCUGAGCUGUGGGUCGUCUUCCACAAGUUCAAGGGUCAGCAGGUUCUUGGUUUGGUUGAGAAUCAGAGUGAUUGGUACCUGGGGAACCUGUGGAAGAACCAUCGGCCAUGGCCAGCGCUGGGCAGAGGCUUUAACACCGGCGUGAUUCUGCUGUUGUUGGAUCGUUUGAGGAAGCUAAAGUGGGAGCAGAUGUGGCGGCUUACGGCAGAGAGAGAGCUCAUGAGCAUGCUGUCUACAUCUCUUGCUGAUCAGGACAUCUUCAAUGCUGUGAUCAAGCAGAACCCGUUCCUGGUGCACCAGCUGCCCUGCUUUUGGAACGUUCAGCUGUCGGAUCACACCCGCUCCGAAAAGUGCUACAAAGACGUGUCUGACCUCAAGGUGAUUCACUGGAACUCUCCAAAGAAACUACGCGUAAAGAACAAACAUGUGGAGUUCUUCAGGAAUCUCUAUCUGACAUUUCUGGAGUACGACGGGAACCUGCUGAGACGAGAGCUCUUUGGCUGUCCCAGCGAAACGGACCACAACUCGGAGAAUCUUCAAAAGACACUGUCUGAGCUGGAUGAAGAUGACCCGUGUUAUGAGUUUCGUCGGGAGCGCUUCACAGUCCACCGCACACACGUCUAUUUCCUGCACUAUGAGUAUGAACCAGCCUUAGAUAACACUGACGUGACACUGGUGGCCCAGCUGUCUAUGGACAGACUUCAGAUGCUAGAGGCCAUCUGUAAACACUGGGAAGGGCCCAUCAGCCUGGCCCUCUACCUCUCAGACGCUGAAGCCCAGCAGUUCUUGCGAUACGCUCAGGGCUCUGAGGUCCUGAUGAGUAGGAGCAAUGUAGGAUACCACAUAGUGUAUAAAGAAGGCCAGUUCUACCCUGUUAACUUGCUGCGCAAUGUUGCUAUGGGGCAGGUCAACACACCCUACAUGUUUCUAUCUGAUAUCGACUUUUUGCCCAUGUAUGGACUCUAUGAGUACCUCAGGAAAUCGGUUGUUCAGCUUGAUAUGGGGAACACUAAAAAGGCUCUUGUGGUUCCAGCUUUUGAAACUCUGCGUUAUCGGCUGUCCUUUCCCAAAUCAAAAGCAGAGCUCCUGUCACAGCUCGACAUGGGCACUCUGUUCACUUUCAGAUAUCAUGUCUGGACAAAAGGUCACGCUCCAACAGACUUUGCCAAAUGGAGAACUGCUACAACACCAUACCGAGUUCAGUGGGAGGCUGACUUUGAGCCGUAUGUUAUGGUCAGAAGAGAAAGCCCAGAGUACGACAGGCGCUUUGUGGGGUUUGGGUGGAAUAAAGUAGCUCACAUCAUGGAGCUGGAUGCUCAGGAGUACGAGUUUGUGGUUCUGCCCAAUGCCUACAUGAUCCACAUGCCCCACGCGCCCAGUUUCGACAUCACCAAGUUCCGCUCGAACAAACAGUACCGUGCUUGUCUGAAGACGCUGAAGGAGGAGUUUCAGCAAAAUAUGUCUCGGCGCUAUGGUUUUGCCGCGCUCAAAUACAUGACAGUGGAUAACAACAGCUAGCCAAGCACACCGUUGAGCGAACCGCUAAAAUAACUGCCGUGAGCUGAUGGAGGAGUGCUGUGUGACGGCACGUUUCUGGAUGCGUUCAGUGAAACUGAGAUGGCAGGGUCAUUAGGAGGCACAGCUCAUGAUCAUCCAUUCAUUCAGGGAUCCGAUAAGACGUUUAUCAGUGGUGUUUGUUAGAAAUAAACUGCUGAUUAGAAGUCAAGCAUGAACUUUUGUGAGAAGGCAAGCAAAGAUCCCACAAAUGGAGGCUUCUAGAAUAAAUAAAGUCUGUUGUUAUUUAUAAUUGAUGGACAACAACACUGAUGCACAUCAGAUUAAAACCUUGAAUUUGUCUGUCUAUCUUUCGGUCCUUCUAACCAUUUGCUUGUGUAUCUGUCAGUCUUUUUGUUUCUCUCUAUUAUUUUAAGCAUCUGUCUAUAUUUCUGUUUGUCUAGCUAUAUGUCUGCGUCUUUCUUUAUAAGAGUCUGUCUUUUGAUCUGCUUACCUAUUUAUCUUAUAUCUUUCCGUCUAGUUUUCUGCCUCUCUCUCUUUUUCUCUUUCUAUUCAUCUUUACGAUCAAUAUAUCUCUAACAAUAUGUAUAUUUCUCUAACAAUCUAUAUCUCUUAACCUCUCUAGCUUUCUAUAUCACAUUUGAUUUCGAUAUAUAUGUCUACACCUUUCUGUAUAAACUUACUAACCAUCUGUCUAUGUCUCUUUUCCUGUUUUUCUGUCUAGAUCCAUUUUAAAUUUUUUAAAAACAUCUUUAUCUACACUCACUAUAUCUCUAACGAUCUAUAUCUAAACAUCUGUCUAUCUCCCUUCCAUUUUGUCUGGCUAUAUCUUUAACAAGGUCUCAUUAUUUAACAAUCUGUAUUUCUUUACAUCUCAACAGUCUCUUUGUCAAACUAUCUGUCCACAUUUCACUGUUUGCAACGGUUCUUUUUUUAAAUUUUAUUUUGGGCUCUUUUUUAUAUUACGAUAAGACAGAACAGGUGCCAACUGCAUAAACGUAGCCUAUAGCCUUAUUAAUUUGACCAACUAGCUGUUAGCCGAGAGGCAGUCAGUCUAAUAUUUGGAUUAAAUUUAGACUAAUCUAUACUAUUAUGUAUUUUAAUGAAAUUAUGAGCAGUUGUAAAGAAAACAUUAGGCGACUAAUUUGUAAAACUAGACUUAACCCUUUUAUGUAGCUUGGAUCAGAUCUAACAGGAAGUGGGAAAGAAAGAGGGAGGCGUGAUAGGGAAAAGUCAUUGAGACAGGAUUCAAACUCAGGACGUCCCAUAGGAUAUCAGUAGGAUAUUUUUAUUUUUUUAAAUGGCUAUAUUACAAUUUGUCCGUUUAUAUCUCUGUCUAGCAAACUGUCAAACAAUCUCAACUGUAUCUCUCUGUACAUUUUCUUAUAUCCUCUGUCUCUCUUGCUUUCACUCUCUUAAUGCGAUCUGCCUGUCUAUUCAUAUCUAUUCUUAUCAUAUCAGUUUCUUGAUAUCAACACUUUGCUCCAGCAGUUUACAAUUUAUUUUCUCUCGUUCUCUUUCUCUCUCGAUUCAAGGUUUCUUUCUCAGUGCGUUGACCGUUGUUGCGUUCGGUGAGGUAUAGUUGGAUAUGUGUUCAUUCUCAGCGCAGAUGUGGACAAAUGUAAUAAACGGGGAUCUUCAUUUAUCGGACUGGCAAUAAUACGUAAUGAGAGGCCAAAGUGAACACGUCAUUGACACAUUAGAGAUGGUUAUUUAAGUGUUACUGACAGUCAUUCUCCAUCAAAUGGCAUCACACAUCAUACUAACAGACUGAUGCACUUAAAUACAGGCUUAAUUAACAGACUCAUUUUUUUUUUCCCGAAUUUGUUAAAGAUAGUGGAGUUUAUGCUGAUGCAGUAGCAGAACGUGUGUUUUGUAGUUACUUUGUACGCAGACUAUCAGCCAACAACAUGUCUGACUCAGGCUCUUGUUCAUAUUUUGCCUUUUUGCCACCCCGACAACACACAAACUCAACGUUGCCGAGACAUCUCUUAUCAGUUUUCUUAUACCUAUACGUCUCUACAUUUCCCGUUAUACUGACAUUUAGCAGUUUGUCGCAUUUAUGAUUGCGAAAUUUGUGAACCAGAUCUUUUGAAGGUGUUUAUACACAAUGUUUCGAACCUGAUGCUUUCUUCAACGGGCAUCUCGGCAGCACACGUGUGUAUCGAUGAAGUGCUUUUAAUAGGCUACAGUCUGUGUCGUGUGCAUUACAGUAUGCCCGCGAGAUCAUCUUUAUAAGCUGACCUCACCCACAGGACUGCUGCUUUAUUUUGUGUUAUUUUUAUUGGUUGGAACGGACCAUACACCGUUCACGCUUAAUGUUCUUCUAUACAGCCCCUUGUGGCGAAGCUGAGAACGCACUCGCACUUGCAUUGCAUCACAAAUUGCAUUGUAAUCAUUUUUGGAAGAAGUGUUUGUUUACAUACUUGCUUAGAGUACAUUGUGGGUCUAAUACAAAAUGAUUAAAAAAAAAAAAAAAAGAAUCUACGAAAACAACGCAAUGAAUGUGUGCCACUUAUAUUCAGAAUUGCAGGUGCAACAAAACAGACCUGGGCUAGUUGUCAAUUUAUUCAUUUUUUUUUUUUCUUUAGUGGCUAUUUCUCAGGGUGGGUUUAUUUUUAAAUCAGUUCCUGUAUAGAGAUAAACUGUAAUGUCUUGAGAAAGCUAAUUAUAUAUAUAUUUUUACCGGUAAUGUCCUGGAAACAAAAACAGUUAAUUCAGUACAGGGGCAGGUUGUCACACUGUAUGAAGUAAUAACUUUUUUUCUUUUUAAAGCAUUUGACACACACAUGUACACACACAAAAACCAUUUUAAAAAACUACAAUGUCAGUAUACUUUUGAUUUUACUUGUUCGACCUGUAUUACAAAAUUACAAUAUUCCCUGUGACAGCUAGCCCCAGUCACCUACGUAAGAAGUAAAACCAGCAGAUGACGUUAAUGAUGGACAACAUUUAUGUGUGACUUUUCUGAAGUGAAAUCUUUUGAGGGAUACUUUGUUCUAACCAUCCCCAUUUGUUUUGCAUUCAGCCGUCCAUGUUACUGUAUUAAAUAAAGUGCUGAUAUGUUCUGAUACGGACGUCUUAUGCCCUUCUGUGCAAGUUUCAUAGGUGGCAGUGUUACUACUGAGGUUCUGAGUGCCUAAUGAGAUGGUUGCUUCGAGCGGUGUCAUUAUUGUUCAGUAUUUUCCAAGGUUGUACGCGAGUACUGAUGUACUGAGCUGUAUGUGCACACUAGCUGAUUGAUGUGUGUGUUUGAUAUGAGUAUAAACAGCCACAUGUCCAAGAUAACACUGAUAAAACAGCUUAUGAAUUCAA